UAAAAUUCAAUGGCCUUUGCGGUAAAUUUUUUCUCGCGCAGAGUAUUGUUUUUAAACAAUGUUUCUUGCUAUGCUUUUGUUUUUAACACAAAGCAAUUAUUUUCGCGCAAUUUGAAAGGAACUCGCUAUCCUAUUGUUUUUUUUAAUGAAAGCAAUUAUUUUUGCAAGUUAAGCGUACGCGUACGCUUACAUCUGGACUGUACUGUACAUGAUCUAAAAGACCUGGUAUGGUAUGGUUAUCAUAACGCAUUUUGAAAUCUCUCUCACAUGCUUCAUAAUAGAAUCUCGUUCCAGCGAGUAAUGAAUUAAAUUAAUUCUUGCCAUUAUGGUAUAUAAAGGCUGAAAUACACUAUCGCCUUCCAAUGAUUAUUGACAAAUAUUUUUCCUUUAACAGUGUUGUAUGCAGCAGAGGAUGCUACCCAAGAAUAUCUCAAAAUAUACAAAAACCUAUUUUAAAAAAACAUAUGAAUGAACAAAAAAAUGUCGCACACCCUUUUAACAUGAACCUACUUAAACUUCAUUCAAAGCUGAUAAAAAAUCAUGUGGUUGUAAAAAGUUAGAGCUUGUAAGGCUUAUUUUUUUGUUUAUUAUAUAUUUUUUUCUGAAAAUUUUGUACUUGUUAUGCAGCUCUUUAGACAACCAAAAAAGGCUACUGCCUCCUAAACACCACUAUAAAGAUAUAGUGAAGGUCACUAUGUUACAAAUUAGAGCCUCUUGUGCAGAGACUUGUUAGAAGUAAUUUUCUUAUUGAAAUCUAUUCUUUGGUUGAUUUAAAGACAAUAAACACUGGGUGUCAUUUUUUCCAUAUUUGGGUGUGGUCCUGGCUGACGUCAUCACUUUACUUGUCAGUAAAAUAUCAAAGUUGGAAUUUUAAUUUUUUUUUCUUUUUUGAUUGAUAGAUAAUAUAAAAACAAGUAAAAAAUGUCAAAAAACCAUAUUUAAAAAAUCAACUAUUUAUAAGAUAUUAAACGUUUUAAUUUAUAGAAUGGGGGUAAAAUUGCCUAUAUUUACACCAAAAAAACAGUGAAAGACAUUGUUUGCGUUAGAGAUGAGCUAUGUGUUGUUUGCCAGUAGCGGUACUUCAAAAAGAAAGUAAAGUUUUAAAGUAAUGUUAUAUACUCAUUACUGAAGUUAUUUCAACCCCUGUUGAGUAGAAAAAUUUUUACCUUAAGGCUUUUUGGUUUAUUUAAGUCCAAAAAAACACUUUUUUUCUCAGUAAAAUUUAUAAAUAAUCGUCACUGAUAUCAAUAUCUUCAUCCGCUUCAUUUUCUUUUUAAUCUUUGUUCCAACAUUCAAGGCAUUUACACAUGACAGUACAAGUAAAACCAUUUUUUCGACACUUGCAUCUAUUGUUGGAACAGCUUGACUUGCAAGAACAACUACUAAGUUGGAUCAAUGCCAUUGGCGCUGGUAAAUUAUCAGUUCAAGUUCGACCAUGGUUGCAAGGUAGAGAGGUGAUAGUUGAAGUCUGUGUUAUGUAUUGCGAAAUGUAUUUUCCAAAAUGUUAGGUGAAACAUAAAAACCUCUGUUUGUUUCUAUGUUAUCAGAGACACAGUUUGCAAUAUCUGUUUCAAUUUGUAUCACCUUUUAAUGUGGGAUUGACAGAUUCAAAUUGCUAAGGGUGUUGAUUACUUUCUUGCUUCUCGUUUGUUGAUGAGUACAGAGACCUAAACCUUUUCUGCAGUGCUACAAAAGUAUGCGUUAGCAGAAUUAUAAUCAGCUGGUCUUUUUGUUUUUACAGAAUUGAUGACAAUUUCUCCAAUGUUUCUGACAUUUGUAUCAAUGGCCUCUUUUUUCUUUGGGCACAUAUCAAGAAGCAAUUUAAGACUUUCUGGAAAAUUGAAGCUAUUAUAUUCACCAGUAAAUUUCCCUUCUUGCCGUAAGAUAUCUUGACGGACCAGUAAAGCCGCAUCAAACAAUUGAUUACAGUCAUCAAGUGAAUUUCUGUAACUUUCAAUUGCUUGUUAUGAGCAACACGUGAACAGAUUAUUUCAGCUUCUCUUCUAGAUUUGGGUCUGGAAAAUACAAUAUUGGUUAUUUUAUCUGCCAAUAAUUGUUUCAGGAAUCGUUUGUGAUUUUUAUGCUGAUGUAUUUUAUUCUCUAAUAAAUUGUUAUAUGUGGUAUUCACACUGUUCAUGUCAAGCAACAAUGUCUGCUACAACCUUUGCGACAUGGCUUAUCUCUUGUACUUCAUAAUUAAUUUCCUUCGUAGAUGCGCUAGAAACUUGUCGCUGUAUCAUAACCCAACAAUUAAGAUGAUAUUGGACAUCAUUUGCUACUGUGUCAGCUGCAUUUGGAACAGAAUUGAGCCUUAUAAACAAAUUUUGGUCUGGUAGUUGUUGUGUGACAUGUAGCAGCUGGUGCCCAGUUGAAAGGAGUUCCUUCCUUUUGACAUAUAACAGAACACUCCUCGUCAAAAAAAGUAAUUUUGGGGCGUAAAUAUUUCGGUUGAGAUAAUGGUUAUCAGUUAUAUAUACUGUUACUUGUUGUAUUACUAGUCAACUUUGGUUCUAGUGAUGUUCUUCCUCGUAUGGGUGCUGAAUCAUGUAACUUUUCAUACCAUGCUUUCAAACGAGAAAUAUUUGUUUUAUCAAUUACACUUUUGUAAAAUUCUUGAUGGUAAAAAGCGUUUUUAUCAACCAGUGAUUCAACUGACAAACUUUCCAAGUUGUCAAAGGAAUUAAUAAAUGUUCGAUCUUCAUAAUUGGCUCUUUCAAUAAGGCAUUUAAUUAACUUUUUGAUGCUUUCAAAUUUUGGAAAAGCAGUGAUCUAUGAAAAAUGAGAAUAACAAUUUCCAAAAUAAAGUAGCUCUAAAAACCAUAAAGCUAAGAAUCAUUGAAAAAUUACAACAUACUUGUUAUUGUUCUCUUGACAAACAAUGAAAUUUUCUAAGCUGAAAUCACUACUUUCCUUCUUUUUAUUUGGAGUUUCUUCAUUCAUAUUUUUUAAUUUAACUGUGUCUAUUCUACUAAAAUAAAAUAAACUUUGCUUUCACUAUUCAUAGGAAAUCUAUCACAAAAAACCACAUCAUAGAAAUAUCAUACAGGAAAACGACAUCUUGGAGCUUCAAUUGGAAGCAAAGAGUUUCGUGAUGAAUAUGCAAAUAAUAAAACUAGUCAAUGGUGUUAAGAAAUGAAAAAACUUUCAACAAUAGCGUUGACAGAACCGCAAGCAGCCUUUGCAGCUUUUACACAUGAUAUGAUCAUAUCCGAUAUGUUUUUACCAUCUCUUUUGGGCAACACCAUUUCAAAAAGGGAAAGAGCUCUUUACAAAAGAUCGAUAAAAACUGGGGGCCUUGGAAUACCAAUACUAACAGAAAGUGCCGCUGUCGAUUAUGAGUCAUCAAAAAUCAUCACUGCUCCACUAGUUGCUGCCAUCAUUGCUCAGACUGAUUCUCUUCCGAAUAAAGAUGAAACAAAACGAGUUAAAGCUUGUCGUGUGAACGCUGUCAGGGAAGCCCGAAAACAAGACGAAAUGUUAAUUAAAAUGUGCCUCAAGCUGGCUUAAUGUUUUACCAUUAAAGGAACAAGGCUUCGGUCUUACAAAGGAAGAGUUUCAAGAUGCACUUGCGCUGAGAUACAAUCAUUCAGUGAAAAAUCUUCCAUCAAAAUGUGCGUGCGGAGAUCAUUUCAAUGCCACCCAUGCCAUGGGCUGUAAAAAAGGUGAUUUUGUGACCAUGCGUCAUAACAACGUACGUAAUAUUAACGUACGUGUACAGAAAUCCGGUGAUAAAAUAAUGACUUGGAUGAGAUGUAAACUCUCCUUCAUAAUAAUGAAAUCUGCUUUGCUUUGCCUUAGAGGUUCCAGAUCCUUGAAUACCAAGUUGCACACAGAGGUGGUUAAUGAUUUUGAUCUUACCUGUGUAGAUGCCAGAAUAUAAAGUUUUUAUUUUAUUUAGUCACUAAUGCGCACUUCUCUUCUAUUCAGUCAAACACUUGCGUGGCUCAUGACCUUUGACAAUAAAGUUUUACUCUAUACUGUCCUUUCUUUAUCAAUUUUUAUUUUAUUUAACCUUAGUCUAUUUAUAUUUUAAUUAAAUUGUAAUUAUUUUUAAUGAAUAAAUAUAUUUAUUUAUGUGCUAGAAAUAUCAUACUGAAAAUAAGUCUUAUGCAAUCUUUUAACUUCCACCUGCUACCCUUUACUUAAAAUUAAUAAUAUAAUUGACAAUUUAAACUACUAACAGGUAUAAGAUUACUUGUAUUUAGCAAAAUCUAAUGAAAUAUGGAACAAACACUGUACAUUAUAAUGUCUUGAAAGAUAUAAAGAAUU